CGGCAAACCUGAGCGAAGAGAGAAGAAACCAAAACUUUCCAUCGUUAAGUGGCGAGGCGGGAAUGCUCUUGCUCACGCCCUAGUGGUUUCAAACACAAUGUCUGCCCUGAAACGCCGAAACGUUCCAAUUGUGGGCUCGAAGCGUCUUCUCUAUCGCACGGUUCGUACCUUCACCACUUACAGAGACCAUUUCUACGCUGUGGUAGCUCCAGAGACCGGAGAAACAGGUCUAUAUGGCUUUGAAAUCUUGAAGACAGCGAAAGGAUUCCGACGUUUUGUCGACGAAGCAAUCGAGAGAUCGGGUGAACUCAUUUCUUAUGUCUCUGGUGCGCCUUCAUCGAUGGAAAUCAUCCGAGCCAUGGACGAGAUAUCCGACACGGUUUGCUCGGUUGUGGAUUCGGCAGAACUCUGUAGAAAUACCCAUCCUGAUAGGGAAUACGUGGAGGAGGCUAACAAGGCGUCCAUGAAGAUUCAGGAGUAUCUACAUUUUCUGAAUACGAAUCAUAGUCUAUAUAAUUCGGUGCUAAAAGCAGAACAAGACGGUCUUCUCCGAACAAAAGAAGCUCAAAGAGCAGCCCAUUCCUUGCGUGUUGACUUUGAGAAGGGAGGAAUCCAUCUUCCUGCUGAGAAGUUAGAUCGAGUUAAUCAGUUGAAUAUUGAUAUUGCUCAUCUGUGCAGAGAGUUCAGUGAAAAUAUAAGCAAGGACCCAGGUUCUGUUGAUAUAUUUCCAGCUUCACGUAUUCCACGACAUAUACAACAUAUUCUUAGGCCCAUUUAUCGUUCAACAUCUGGUACAUCAAAGGACUCGAUGGGUUCAGUAAAUAACUUAAAAGAAAAGGGAUUUCGGAUAAUUACAGAUCCGGGUACUCUAUCCUCUGUACUGCAAUGGGCAUCGGAUGAUGAGGUUAGGAAGCAGUCAUACAUACAAGGAAAUUCUGUUCCACGAGCAAAUCUUGGUGUACUUGAUAAGCUUAUAGCAUCUCGCCAUGAACUUGCACAGAUAAUGGGGCAUAAAUCGUAUGCUGAAUUUGCAGCACAUCCAAACAUGGCCUCAUCACCAGAGGUUGCCAUGUCUUUUUUGCUUGAUUUGAGCAAGAUUGUCAAGCCCAAGGCUGAUGAGGAGUUUAAGGCAAUAAGAAUUUUUAAGAAGAGUUCUGGUCAUGGUUUUGGUGAUCUGGAGCCAUGGGAUGAGGCCUACUUCACGGGGAUGAUGAAAUCUUCUGUCUUCAAACUGGACUCCUCAGUUGUAGCAUCAUAUUUUCCUCUAUCAAAAUGCAUUGAGGGUUUGAAAGUGCUGGUAGAGUCAUUGUUUGGUGCGACAUUUCGCCACAUACCUCUUGCAGCUGGUGAAUCUUGGCAUCCAGAUGUACUUAAAAUGGCACUUCAUCAUCCUGAAGAGGGUGACCUGGGGUAUCUAUACCUUGAUCUGUACUCCAGGAAGGAAAAGUAUCCAGGUUGUGCUCAUUUCGCCGUCAAAGGUGCGCGUCAAAUAUCCGAGACGGAAUUCCAACUUCCUGUUGUAGCCCUUGUCUGCAAUUUCUCGGCUUCACGUGGUUCAUCAAGUGCAAGGCUUAACCACUGGGAAGUAGAAACUCUUUUUCAUGAGUUUGGACAUGCUCUUCACUCCCUGCUUUCUAGAACGGAUUACCAACAUUUUUCUGGUACCAGAGUGGUUCUUGAUUUAGCUGAAACACCUGCAAACCUUUUUGAAUACUAUGCAUGGGACUACCGAUUCUUAAGGAUGUUCGCGAAGCACUAUUCAACUGGUGAAGUAAUUCCUCAAAAACUGGUGGAGUCAAUGAAGGGUGCCAGAAAUAUGUUCGCAGCAACUGAGCUGCAGAGGCAGAUCUUUUAUGCCUUGAUUGACCAAACACUUUUUGGGGAACAAUCGUCCUCUUCGAGAGAAACAGUUUCUAUAGUCGCAGACCUGAAAAGACAACAUACAAGCUGGAAGCAUGUUGAGGGUACACAUUGGCACACCCGAUUCAGUCACCUUUUAAAUUAUGGGGCAGGAUAUUAUAGCUACCUUUAUGCCAAGUGUUUUGCUGCAUCUAUAUGGAAAGAGGUAUGCUUGGAGGAUCCGUUGUCAAUGGAUGCAGGAUCUGCUCUUAGAGCUAAAUUCUUGCAGCAUGGGGGAGCAAGAGACCCGUCAGAGUUGUUGAAGGAUUUGGUAGGGAAUGAUGUUCUGAGAUAUCAUAAUGGAGGAAUAGUUCCCAACAUCAGCUGUCUCUGUGAGGAAAUGAAACUCAUUUAAGGUCCCUCUUGCAGCACUGAUGUUUGUUUGGGGAGACAGCGAGAAAGAUCAAAAGAUCAAGUAACAGCACAAUCUGCCACCAUUAUCCUUACGUUUAUCCGAAUAGGUUGUAUCCAUUUUGACUUAUAUUUUUGGGCACCAUUGAUAAAUGUAUUUGUCUUGAUAUGUGUUACGAGGAAGAAAGAAAAAAUUGAAGUGAUGGAAUAAAAUUUUGAAGUUUGUUACAG